AAAUAUUUUAAAAUAAAAACUUUUAGUAAAAAUAUCAUAGCCUUGAUAUCUAUAAUUUAUAUAACUGAAACGCGGGGGAAAGGAUAUGGUUAAGGGAGCCUUCUUAGUUUACCUUAUACGACAGCCAGCUAGGCACUACAAUCGUUCAUGAAACCACUAAAUAACUGGUUCGUCAUUGAUUGUCCCCGCAUUCGGAAUUUCUACAUUUGCAUGUUUGAGGAUUUGAAAUAUAGACUUACCGGAGAUUUGAAUUACUUUUGCUUUAUACCAGCUCGAGGUGACAAGAACCUUCUUCUUCAUCACCCUCCACGCAACAAGUGAAAUUGCGCCCAAAAUAGGCUCUCCAGAUAUGUCUUCAUACCUUACAACACUGUACUGUUCGUCUUCAAUCCAAAAUACUAAAGCAAAUUUCCUUUCAGCCAUAUUAAAAAAGAUCAGUGAAUUGAUUUAAAAACACGAGUUUUGUUUUAAUCGUUUGCUCAGGCAGUCACGCUACUUUACUUCAGUCGAACGAAAAUUUCAACUGCGCGCAUCAAAAGGAGACUUGAAUUCUACCGCUAACGUGAUUGAUCAGCCAAUCAAAGCGAAGGAUUACCAGCACACAGCUGGCAGAUCUCCGAUUUCAACCAAACCCUUAUCAGAUCGUGACAUGACAGCUAUUCUGUAAUUGGUAUCGAACUUUAAUUGUUACUUGAGAGCUUUGAACGCAGGUUGUUUUUAAAAGUUGCAAUACUUGGCAAAAAUGUCCGAUAUGGAAGCGCAAGCUAAAAAAAGAAGAAAGACAAGAAACGAGAUGGUUAAUGAAAUAAUUAUGGAAUCGGUAGCUACAGAACAAAACGUCAUAUCGAUUCAGAAGCAUUUUGCUGAAUCAGUUUUGUCGACGCCGCAGUCAAAUCGACCUUUUUCUGAAAUUGUACACUCAUCCCACGACGCGGACGAAAUCCAUUCCCUUUCUAGCGAGUCCAGUGGUGAAGAGAUUAUACAGUGUACAAAAAUGGAGCAAACUUUACAGUACAUGAAAGAAGCUAUAAACGAGGACAACUCCGUGACACCAAUGGGAUCAUGUGAAGCUGAAUCAUUUUCUCGACUUGAGCCAAAUUAUGACAUUGAAGAUAGUAGCAGUUAUCAUGAUACUUCAAGGAAUGAUGUACUGUUAUCGAACGAGAACGAUGUGGAUGAAGAAAAUGACUGGGUUCUUGACUACUUAGACAAGAUACAGGAGGCCCUUCAAGAAGAAAUGGACAACAUCACGAAAGACGUUAACGAAGUAGAUGAUGAGGAAGUUUGGUACGACUCGUUGGACGAGAUCAGCAACUUUCAAACACAACAAGGUACUGUGGACAACGAUUAUGAAGAAAAUGCUGACUCCAAACCACUGUAUGAAAAUGCUCCGAUCACAGUUGGGGUUAGUGCUUUACUAAUUAUGACAUUUGCUAUUAGGCAUAUGAUAUCUGGUAAGGCAUUACACGACUUGCUAGUGCUAGUAAGUUUGCAUUGUGGGUGGCCAAACUAUUGUUUCAAAACAUUAUAUACAUUCAAAAAGUACUUUCAAAAUUUAAAGAGCCCGCUCAAAUUCCAUAACUACUGCUCUAAAUGCAACGUAUCUAUCAGUAAAGAAAUGCCAACGUGUCCUAACAGCCUAUGCCUUCAAGACUUGACCGUCCCAGGAAAUAUGAGCUUCUUCAUAGAAAUUUCUAUCGAAGAUCAAAUACGAUCAUUGUUUGCGAAAACAGGGAUUUGGAACUUACUUAACUAUCGCUUCUCGCGAGUUAAAAGAGGAAUAAAUAAUAUUGAAGAUAUCUACGAUGGGAAACAAUAUCGAAGAUUUUUCGGGAACGGCGGAAUACUUGACGAUCAAAGGAACAUUUCGUUAACUUGGAAUACGGAUGGAAUACCAGUAUUUAAAUCUUCAAAAGUUGCAAUAUGGCCUCUAUACUUUGUGGUCAACGAACUACCUUACGCGCAAAGAAUUUCGAGAAGUAACAUGAUCGUCGCUGGUUUAUGGUUUGGCAGCAGCAAGCCAAAUAUGCUAACAUACUUAAAACCCUUCCACUCCAGUUUGAAAAAAUUAGAAACUAAUGGAAUUCGAGUUGAAAAUCCAGAACAAGGAUCUUUUGUAAGCCGAGCGAUUUUGUUAGCUGGAACAUGCGACCUCCCAGCUAAAUGUAUGGUAUGCAACUCAAUCCAAUUUAAUGGUCAAUAUGGCUGCCUAAAAUGCAAGCAAGCGGGGGAAACAUUUCGAACUGAAAAGGGAGGGAUAGUACAUAGCUACCCAUUCAAGCAAGAUAAUCCGAAAGGCCCAGAGCGGACUCAUGAAGAAACUCUAGAGCAUGCCAAACAAGCAGUUACAGAUGGCAAGCCAUGCAAUGGUAUUAAAGGUCCAUCAUGGCUCGCAGGCCUGAAACACUAUGACAUUAUUAAAGGAACUGGCAUAGACUAUAUGCACGCAGUACUUUUAGGUGUUAUGAAAUUGCUUUUAAAUUUGUGGUUUGGAACGAAUCGCAAUUUCCCCUUCAGCAUAUCUCAUAAGAUAAAUCAAGUUGAUAAGCGUCUUCUUUCAAUUAGGCCACCAGAUUGUAUAUCACGAUGCCCACGUUCAAUAGAAGCUCAUAGAAAGUAUUUUAAGGCUUCGGAAUUGCGUUCUUUUCUAUUGUUUUACGGACCAGCUAUACUUCUAACUAUUUUACCAACCGAAUACUAUGAUCAUUUUCUUCUUCUAAGCGAAGCGAUAUACGUUUUGUUACAGCAAUCUAUUACAGUUGAUGAGAUAGCGCAUGCUGAGCGGCUUUUAUUCCAUUUUUGUGUUAUGUUUGAGACAUUGUACGGUAAAAGAUAUCAAACAGCAAAUAUUCACUGCCUUGUUCACUUGGCAGAUAACGUGAGGGAAUUAGGACCGUUGUGGACUCACUCCUGUUUCCAUUUCGAAGACAAAAACGGUUUUCUCUUAAAAACUAUUCACGGUACCCAGCAGAUUCAUUUUCAGUUGAUAUCGGCAAUUUCUAUUUCUAAGCGUAUACCAGAACUCGAGAAAGAUUUUCUUUUGGAUGGGACUCAUGAAUGCGAAUUUUACCACAAACUCACGGGAAAAGUUAAAUUAGCUAAAAAUGAAGUACAACUUUCAACAGAGUGCUUCGCAAUCGGUGGAGCAAGUUGGCGUCAGCUUUCACCGGUCGAAUUUGAUAUGUUUUCAAAAACAUUCGGUUCUGUCCCGCCAAAUAUGAAAGUGCAAACGUUUUCCCGUAUUAGAAAAGCGAAGUGUAUUUAUCACUCAAAAAUGUAUAAACGUGUUCAAAGCAGAAAUAGUUAUACAAUUAGGUUUGCGGAUCAGGACAAUGAGAGCGGUUACGGACUUAUCGAAUAUUUUGCUCAGUUUAAGCCGGUGUGUUUGUGUGUUGAAGUAGAAUGUAAAUGUCCUAGUUUCAAUUUCGCCGUCGUUUCUACUCUUUCAAAAAUCAACAUGAGCCUUAUUGAUGACGAUAUUACACAUGCCACAGUUCCAAACAUUAUUGUAGUUGCACCAACGGAACCUAAUAAAAUUCAAAUUAUUGACAUUGCAAAAAUACAAAAUAAGUGCACAUACAUGGAGUUUUGUGACUCCCCGCAUCACGUAUUUCUUGCACAGUUUCCUAACUCAGUCGAGACAGAUUAG